ACUACCGGGUAUAUAAUAAUGGAAGUGCAGGACGGCAGUCCAGUUGAUCUUGUGUUGUAGAGUAGGUAGUUGUGGUAGGUCAUUGACAUGGGCUUUUAUAAAAAUAUAGUUUUCUUGUGCGUCGUGGGACUGGCCAGUUGUGCACCCCCACCAGCGCAGAAAUGCAAGCUCUCCGACUCGGAGUGCAUGAAGACAGCGUUCCAGCAGUACCUGCCGACCUUCGUGAGCGGCAUCCCGGAGCUCGGGGUGGAGGUCCUGGAUGUCAUGGACAUGGAGGACAUCAAGUUCGACCUGUCUGGCCUGAAAUUUACCCUGCAGGAGGGAAAGCUGAAGGGGCUGAAGAGCAGCAUCAUUGAUGGGGCGCGAUGGGACAUGGCGAAGAAGCGUCUGCACAUCGACUUCCACAACAACUGCACCAUCCGCGGCCACUACACCGCCAGCGGCCGCAUCCUCAUCCUGCCCAUCACCGGCGACGGGAAUAUGAAGCUUAAACUACGCAACCUGGUAGUGAAACUGUUCAUUGACUUUGACAUGGGCAAGAACGACGAGGGAAAAGACAUCAUCGUAGCCAAGAAGUUCGGAUACGAAUACGAUGUCAUCGACAACGUACACUACGAUCUGAGCAAUCUGUUCAACGGGAAUAAGGAACUCAGUGAGACCAUGCUGACGUUUUUGAACCAAAACUGGAAGCAAAUUGUGAAGGAAUUCGGAACACCCAUGAUGAAUGUUUCAGCGAAAAAGAUUUACAAAAAUAUCGCUACAUUCCUAAAAAACACGCCCUUAGAAGAUAUUGUUUUAUCUUAAACUGUUAGGUUAAAUGUUGGAGGUGGUAGUUAUUUAUUAUAUAAAUAUGUUAUUUAAA